AUGGUGGUUGUCCGCUGGUCCUCCCGAACAUCGGUCAGCAUUCAAUUACGUGACUGUGCUACAAAAUGUCUUUAUUUGAUCCUCGCACUUCCUGUGCAUUGUAGCGUAUUUGGCGAGGAGUUAAUCAACAAAUUGAGCGUCCCUGAAUGGAAAGAACGAUUUGCCGGGAUGACUGAAUUGGUCGAAAAAACCAAGGCACUCGGAAGUAUCACUGAUUGCCCUCUUCAGGUUCUAUGUCGUAUCGUGCUGCGUAAACCCGGUCUGAAAGACACUAACUUUCAAGUGUUGCGACUCCGUGUGGAACACAUACAAUAUGCACUGGAGGCUAGUAAGUCUGCAUCAUCCACACUCGCCGAACUAUUGGUCCCGGAGUUGUUGGAGAAAAUCGGGGACGCCAAAGUGGGUGAUGUGGUUCGUAGCACCCUGACCAUACUGGCCGAACGUUCCAGUUACGAAAUGGUCGGUCCGCAAAUCUUGCAAUCGGUGUUUCAGGCAAAAAAUCCUAAAACUCAAGCCGACUCGCUACUCUGGUUAAACCAGUCUGUCCAGGAGUUCGGACUGAAACUUCGUCCACAGGAUCUCAUAACUACCAUUCGGACUGGAUUAAAUGCAACAAACCCUGCCGUGCGACAAGCCAGUCUCACAUUGGCUAGCACUGUUCACUUGUUCAUGGGUGAUGCAUUGCGCAACUUGUUCGCGGACGAAAAACCAGCCGUCGUGGCUCUACUGUCCGCAGAGUUUGACAAAAAUGCUGGCCAAAAGGCCCCGGUUCCAACUCGUGGUGUCCGAACCACUAAGCCAUCGACAGCUGCUGAAGAUGGCGAGGAAGAUGAGACAGAGGCUGCUGUCACUGAAGUUCAGGAGAUCGAUACAGAAGCUCUCCUUCCUCGGGUGGACAUUCGUGAUCAAAUUACACCAGAUAUGCUGACACUGCUCUCCAGUAAGGCAUGGAAAGAACGACAAGAAGGUCUGACCGGAAUACAAAACGUGCUUAGCGCAGCCAAGCAUAUCGAGGGUGGAAAUGGUGGACUCCAGGAACCGUUAACCGCUGUGGCCAAGGUUUGUGGAGACGUGAAUAAGAAUCUGUGCAAGAUUGCGCUUCAAUUACUUACGGAUUUUGCGAAAGCUCUACCGAAAGCGGAUGCGGCUAAAUAUGUCAGAUUUGUUGAGCCGCCUAUGCUCCUUUGCUUGGGUGAUUCGAAACCACAAAUUCGCGAGGCUGCAAAUAGUGCUCUCACAGCUUGGCAGUCACGUGUUCCUUUUGCCACUAUGAUAGAACCGGAAGUAAUCGGAGAUGCUCUUAAGGUAGAAAACGCUUUCUUACGUACUGAGUUCCUUCGUUGGCUGUCUGGUGGCUUCUCCGAACUACCAGCCAAUCAUCAACGUCGGCUUCCCUCUGACUUGACUCCGACGCUGAUGCCCUACGUGUUUGCCACAUUGGAGGACCGUAAUCCUGACGCACGUAAACAAGCUCAAGCGAUUCUACCGCAGCUGAUUCGUGUCCUCGGUUGGGAAGGCGUGGCCAAGUUGGCGAACAAACUUAAAGCGACCUCGAAGGACGCAGUGAUGCCUCACUUGGAAAAAGCCCGUGAGGCUGUCGCAGCCAUGGCACCACCACCAACAACACAGACUUCUCGAAAGGAAACGGCACCGAAAGCCAUUCGCGGCGGUGCACCGAAAGCAGCAGAAGUGGCUGAGACACCAACUCCAUCCGAGGAUACCGAAGAAACCUCAAGCAACCCGCCCAACGCGUCAACAGGUGGAACUGCGGGGGGAAAGAAGAAAGCGGAUGGUAAAAAAGGUGCCAGUACAGCAACUUCAAAGAAAAGCGUCGUUGAGGAGCCUGCCGCGGCACCGUUACUGCAGGCGAACAAGAAUGCCAAAACAACACGCUUAAACGAUGAGAAAAAGAGAAAGCUGCUGAAAUGGGAUUUCGAUGCACCAACACGCGAUCACGUUCAACAAUUGAACCAGCUGUUCCUCAACGCAGGCACAUCCCCAGAUCUGCACGCUCUGUUGUUCCACUCCGAUUUCAAACAGCAUGUGAAGGCUCUGGAUCAACUGACACGGUUCUUCGAUACACCGGAAGGCGAAGAAGCCACUCUAGUCAAUCUGGACUUGAUACUCCGGUGGAUUGUAUUACGGUUCUUCGAGACCAAUCCCGUGGUGGUCGGUCGAUUAUCCGAUGUUUACUGUUCACUGAGUCAUUCGCCUGGUAGUUCAGCGGCAGCUGACGGUGAUGUGGUCGAUUUGAUUCCGUUACUCUAG